AUGGGCGUGCGCAACUGCCUCGACGGCAAUUAUAUGUCAGGACAACGCGAUAGCACCCCUGAGCUCGAGCAGCAGCCCCAGCAGCCGAUGGAAGCCCCAGGGGCAGCUGCCCCCGGUGUUGGGCCUGGCCCAGCCCAAGAGGUGGCGACCGAACCACCUGCUCUUGAGCCCAUCCCCAGUGAGGAGACCAACAAUGGCGAGGCCUGCGGGCCAGCACAGGUCUCUGAGCCCUCAGCUCAGGGCCUCGGAGAGGCCAUCCAGGAAGGAUCAGGCCUGGGAGACUUCAGCCCACCUCCUGAAGAAUCCAUGCCCUUUGAAGUCAAGCAGCCCAAUGCAGGAGGCUUCUGGCCUCUCCUGGAGCAGCCCGGCCACCGUGCAGACCUCGGAGCCACGAGCCAGGCCAGUAUGCAAUCUGGAGCCACCCAGGGUGCCCAAGCAGGCAUGGCAGGCUACAGCCCUCCACCAGAAGAAGCCAUGCCCUUUGAGCAGCCCAGCCAGGGAGCCGGCAGUCCAGCUCCCUUCCAGCUUAGCACCCUUACGCCAGAGAGUUCAGGCUUGGGGGUCCCCAGUGCACCCCCCGAGCAACCCUCAGCCCUCGAGCUCACUGGUCCUGCCUGUGGAGGCUACAGCCCUCCCCCCGAGGAAGCAGUGCCAUUUCAGCCAGAAGGAGCAGCCUCUGGGGAUGGCAGCCCACCCCCUGACAUCCCGGAUGAGAUCCUCUUCGAUGCCAGCGAGGAUGCCCCCCCGCUCUGGGUCCCUGGCACCCCCAGCCACCCAGCUGGAGAGCUGGCCGGAGAGCUUCCUGGCUUCAGCAGCAUCAUCCCCCCAGUGGAGAUCGCCAGACCCUCAUUCCAAAUUGGCAGCACCCCUCAUGGGGUAUUCGACGCUCCCGGCAGCAUGGACAGCCCCCCAGACGCACGUGACAACCCAUCCAGUGAGGCGGGGCGCGCAGGAGAGAGGCCUCCCGUCGAAGGAGCAGCAGCUGAGAUGGGGCCAAGCUCAGGAGUGCCCGAUGCCGGGCAUGGAAGAGACCGUGCCGCCACUGCAGCUGCCGAUGACCUCGACGGCGGGGCUGGCACCACCACCACCACCGAAGGUGACCAGCCUGAUGGAGACGGCGAGUCGGGCUCCCCUACCUGGGUCACUCCUACUCCCUGGGCCCGCACUCGAGGCCCCAACGACACCGUCAAGCCCAGGGGCCCCACCACCACCGGAGGCAACCGCAACCCGCAGCAGCUCCUCCGGCCCCCGAGCCCCGAGAUUCAGGUGGCCGACCUGCCUAGUCCAGUUCCUCCUCGCGCGGCUGCCCGGCGGGCCAAGGCAGAGCGAGGCCGGGCCCUCGGAGGCCUGGACGCAGCUCUCGACAGUAGUGACGACGAGCCCUGCAGCGGGGGCACCUCUGGCGAUGGCACAGGCUGCUUCGGGCGCCGCAGCCGCUCCACGACCCGGCGCCACCGCAAGAGCCGCCGCCGCACCUUCCGGCAGUUCCUGGCACGAGCCUUCGGAGGAUGCUUCGGGCUGCGUACCGAGAGCCCUUCGCCUGCUUCACGUGGCCAGACCAAGAUUCCCAUGGCUGAGAAGCGUCAGCAGAAGCGUAAGGAGGCGAUGGAGAAGCGUGCUCAGAAGCGUGAGGAGAAGAAGCGCAGCAAGCUCAUCGACAAGCAGCUCAAGGAUGAAAAGAUGGGGUACAUGUGUACACACCGCCUGCUGCUUCUAGGUGCUGGAGAAUCUGGUAAAAGCACCAUUGUGAAGCAAAUGAGGAUCCUGCAUGUUAAUGGGUUUAAUGGAGAGGGCGGCGAAGAGGACGCGCAGGCUACCAGGAGCAACAGCGAUGGUGAGAAGGCAACGAAAGUGCAGGACAUCAAAAACAACCUGAAGGAGGCCAUUGAAACCAUUGUGGCCGCCAUGAGCAACCUGGUUCCCCCUGUGGAGCUGGCCAACCCUGAGAACCAGUUCAGAGUGGACUACAUCCUGAGCGUGAUGAACGUGCCUGACUUUGAUUUCCCCCCUGAAUUCUACGAGCAUGCCAAGGCGCUCUGGGAAGAUGAAGGGGUGCGUGCCUGCUACGAGCGUGCCAAUGAGUACCAGCUCAUCGACUGUGCCCAGUACUUCCUGGACAAAAUCGAUGUCAUCAAGCAGGCCGACUAUGUGCCCAGCGACCAGGACCUGCUGCGUUGCCGUGUCCUGACUUCUGGAAUCUUUGAGACCAAGUUCCAGGUGGACAAGGUCAACUUCCACAUGUUCGAUGUGGGCGGCCAGCGCGAUGAGCGCCGCAAGUGGAUCCAAUGCUUCAAUGAUGUGACUGCCAUCAUCUUCGUGGUGGCCAGCAGCAGCUACAACAUGGUGAUUCGCGAGGACAACCAGACCAACCGUCUGCAGGAGGCUCUGAACCUCUUCAAGAGCAUCUGGAACAACAGAUGGCUGCGCACCAUCUCUGUGAUUCUGUUCCUCAACAAGCAAGAUCUGCUGGCCGAGAAGGUCCUUGCUGGCAAGUCCAAGAUCGAGGACUACUUCCCAGAGUUCGCUCGCUACACUACUCCUGAGGAUGCUACUCCUGAGCCUGGCGAGGAUCCCCGUGUGACCCGGGCCAAGUACUUCAUCCGCGACGAAUUUCUGAGAAUCAGCACCGCCAGUGGAGAUGGGCGCCACUACUGCUACCCCCACUUCACUUGCGCUGUGGACACCGAGAACAUUCGCCGCGUGUUCAACGACUGCCGUGACAUCAUUCAGCGCAUGCACCUUCGUCAGUAUGAGCUGCUGUAAAGAGGGAACACUGAUAUAAUUAAAACCUUAAGCACAGUUAAUUAAAAAUGAAACUUAAUUCUACAAGCAGUUAAUCACCCACUGUAGGGCAUGAUUAACCAAGCAACCUUUCCUUUCCCCGAGUGAUUUUUUGCAAAAACCCCUUUUCCCUUUCAGCUUGCUUAAAUAUUAUACAAUUUAGAAAGCUUAAGGCGGCCUAUAGUUAAAGAAUUAAAAAAAAAAGGCCACAAAAGUUCCCUCUCACUUUACGUAAAAAAAAAUAAAUACAAGCAGCAAACAAAUAAAUGAAAUAAAUAUUGUUGUGUGCAGCAUUAAAAAAAACAUAAUAAAUAAAAAUUAAAUGUGAGCAAAAGAUG